AACCGCUUAGAGUGGGAGAUGUUGGCGAGUGUUGUUGUUGUCUUACACGUGUAUAUUAUUUGUGGGAAAAGACGAACGUUAAAUGUAUGUGUAAACAAUGGAACCUGAUUUAAUUCAAAACUCUGUCCCAGUUAUUGAUGAUAACAGCUAUGGACCACGACUUAAGAAACUACGAAUAACGGAUAAUGUUCGAGAAUUGCAGACAGUGUUACGUGAUAAGUCUACAACCAGAAGUGAUUUCAUCUUUUAUGCUGACAGACUAAUCAGACUUGUGGUGGAAGAAGGUUUAAAUCAACUUCCGUAUAGAAAGUGUACCAUUACAACACCCACAGGUCAGACAUACAGUGGACUUCGAUAUGAAAAGGGCAACUGUGGUGUCAGCAUUAUGAGAAGUGGUGAGGUGAUGGAGCAGGGACUCCGCGACUGCUGCCGAUCCAUCCGAAUCGGAAAAAUACUCGUCCAGAGUGACGAAGAUACUCAUGAAGCAAAAGUUGUCUACUCCAAAUUUCCAAAUGACAUCAACUGCAGAAAAGUCUUGCUGAUGUACCCCAUUAUGAGCACAGGGAACACAGUGGAAAAAGCAGUGAAUGUUCUUAAAGAUCACUCAGUUAUCGAAGAAAACAUCAUACUUCUUAAUCUAUUCUGUACUCCAGUUGCUGCCAAACAUGUCAUCAGUCAUUUUCCAGGAAUGACAAUAUUCACAUCAGAAGUUCAUCCAGUAGCAACUACCCACUUCGGACAGAAAUAUUUUGGAACAGAAUAAGAAUUUGCAAUAAAAAUGAUUCUGAUAAGACAGAUAAUACAUCGUGUAUCGGAGAGGCUAUCAAAGAGACACAGAGACAGACAGAAUGACAGAGAUAAUGCACUUGCUUGAAAUAUCAGAUGUGCAACAACCAUUUUGAUAUUUUGUAAAAUUAUUGUAUUCUGUAUUAUUAUUGCAUUUAUGGUUGAAGACCAUGAUGUACAUGCCUGUUUUGGCUUGUUUAUCCAUGUAGUACUUAUUACACUAUAUUUGUUCUCAUCUUUAUUAUAUAUAUCUUAUAGAGACUGUCCUGAUUUUAUCGCCAUAGUAGAGAUGUUUCUGACAAACAGAAAUUACACAUAAAAUAUAUUUUCUUGUUUAAAACAUUAAUUUCCAAUUGACGUAUCAUCAUUUUGUUUCCCAAACAUAUAUUUUGUUUCGUACGUAUAAAAUUAUUGGUAAGCAAACUCAGCUUGGUCUACUACAACCAUUAUGAUGACCAAAAAUACAUUGAAUAUAAGGAAACUGAUAUUCUAAAUAAAACAUGGUAUUACUUAAUAUGUAAUCUUAGUUCUUGAAAUAACUUUAUGGGUUGGAAACAUCUUACAAUAUCUGCAACAAAUAAUGAUUGAGUACUUUAGAAUGAUUUGUGUUAUGGUGACAAUUAUGCACUGUCAACAUUUUACUGAAAGUAAAUGUAAUCUCGGAUUGAGAAACUAACUUUCUACGAAACUAACUUUUGUUGUCGGUACCAACUGGAUAGUUUCUGAUGAUGACCUUUUUUUUUUUUCAAUGAACAAUAUAGACUGAUGUCAGUUUAGGUAACAGUUUUUAUGAUUGUAAUAUUUUAUAGUUGAAACUGUUUGCAUCGGUAAACAGAUGCAUAUCCAGCUUCCAUCUUUUUGCAUUAAAAUUUUCUACAUGUUUACCAGUAAGUGACUGAUUUUACUGCAAUAUUAAGUAGCUUAUAUCUGAUACUAACCACCCCCCUUCAAAAAAAAAAAGUAAUAAAAAUACAUACAAUUGGAAUACAAAAAUUUGGCUGUCCAUUUAUAUUUAUGUAUUGUCAUUGACAGUCAUUGCCCAAUUGUAUAUUGUGUCAUUCAAUGUAUAGUGUCUCAAUAUUUCGUAUUGAAAUAAUUGUUUUGGAGUGGAAAUGCAUACCAUAUAUCGGGUGAUAAUAUAUUUAAAAAAAUCCAUUUUCUAAAUUCGAAUAGCAGGAAAAGUAUGCAGUUCAGAACAUUGAACAUUUGUACAAAACUACUUUAUUACAUUGGCUAUCAGGGUCUCCGCUCAGUGUCUCGUAGCCCUAUAUUGUAACUGCCUAUGGCAAAAUGACGUAAAAAUAUAACUAAAUGAGAGUGCUCUUCCUCGCACAGGUACUCGAGUCCUGUAAACAAACUCUAGUCUUGCUAGAGUCAGCCUGUGCCCAAGUACGUGUGGAGACCUUAUUGGCUAUUAAUAUUAAAAUUUACACUUUUAUUCAUUGCUGACUUCCACCAUGGUGCCUAAUACAACACAUAAUGGGCCAAAGCUACGAAGCCUGUUUUUUUUUUAAAUGCAUUGGUUUAAGCAUUAUAAAUUUAUGUUAUUUACACACAUGCAAGAUAAUUGGCCCAUCAUCAUCUUCUAGCACAGCACAGUCCUUUUUUUCUCUCGAUAAAAUACAUUUGUUUACUCUUUGGAGAGUUAAUUUGCCCUAAACUUUUUGAGAUUUUCUUUUAAAAGUUCUAAAUAAAUUUGUUUUACCUUGAACUUGUGAAAAGGUUCCAUUCCAUAAUUAUAUAACUUACAAUUUUUUUUUUUUUAUAUAACACCCCUCCCCAAUUGAUAUUUUAUGUUAGGCCACUCCACCCCUCUAAAAUUAUGUAACACUUGUCACUGUAACCACCCCCCUGCUUUUCCUGUCACAGUCACAUAAUUUGACGAAUAUUCGAUUUUAUGAUUGUAAUUAUGUGUAUUUUGUUUGGUACAUUUAUUUGUUGUCCUGUCUGAGAAAAGUGCAUAUAAAACAUCCUGUGCUUCCUUUUCAACAGGAGUAGCCUAUAUAGUGGUAGCUGGUUUCUUCUCUCUUGACCAAGUAUUAAAAUAACCUUUUAUUGGUUGCCAACUAACCGUAAUUAAAAAUAUGCUGAAGUAUUAUUAAACAACUAUGGUAUUCAGUUUUUGUCAGGAAUUAUGAUCACUUGUGAAAUUACAUGUUUGGUGCAAGUUGAUAAUUGUUACCUAGAAAGUUUUCUAACCUAAACAUAAUGUUUCACUAUGUGACAGAUGUUUUACUUUGUGGUUUUAGUUUAUGGACAAUGUUACUAUAUAAUAGUGUAAAAUUUGAAACUUUAAAACCAAACUCUUUGUGCAGAAACAUUCUGUUACAUUAUAUAGUGUAAAAUUUGAAACUUUAAAACCAAACUCUUUGUGCAGAAACAUUCUGUUACAUUAUAUAGUGUAAAAUUUGAAACUUUAAAACCAAACUCUUUGUGCAGAAACAUUCUGUUACAAUAUGAGUGAAUGAUGUAUGUGCAUGUAUUAAAUCAUAAAUUGUGACGAACUGUUUGAAUGUUUUUCUUCAUUGAUGCAUUUGUUCGUAAUUUCAGAGGACAUUGGUCAUAUUGGUGGUGAGUGUUUACAUCCUAAUUGAAAUGGUUGAAUUAUUUGUUUUAUUAUUAUGAAAUACGAAUGCAUUUAUUUUUAUUUGUAUACAUUCAUUUAGAUGUGCAAUUUAGUUUUUUGAUGUAAAUGUUUUUUCAUUUCAACUUCUGGAAAUCACUGGUUGAGAUGUUGUUACAAAGUAUAAAAAAAUGUUUUAAAACUUUCAUGUCAAUUGAAGUUUAGCUGACACACUGUUACAGAUUGGUGGAUAUGUACUUACAUUCGUACUGAGAAUGGGCUAACUUUUUUUUAAACAAACUGGAAGUCAGCAGGAACAAAUGAUACAAUUGUGUAAGUUUGGAAAAUAUGCUGAACACCAGGUGCAUCAUCUCAACAUUGUUUAAUCUUUGGAAUACAAAUCUAUUUGCUUUUGCCGUACUGUCACCACAGUUACGUACGACAGUUGAGAGAUUGCAAUGGUUGUGCACUAUCAUGUGUACUAUGUUCUGUAAUCAUAAAAAUGGUGUGACUGAUGCUUUUGUACAGCACAGUUGUGCCAAUUAUUUCACUUAUUUAAAACUGUUGUUACAAUCUACCACCUGAAAUAUGUCUAAGCUUCAAAGUUGUGUUUCUAAUUGUUCAGAAAAGUUACCCAUACAUAAAAUAUAUGUGACGUUUUAAAUUAUUUGAGAAUACAACGUAUAACCUUCCCAUAUUGUGUUCCAAAUGUAAUUGAUGCUUCUGUGUCAUUCAAUGUGUAAGUGACCUAUCAAAUUUUAACUAUAUUUUUGUGAAGUAAAACUCAUGUAACAAAGUUGUAUUUUAGUCCUUUGCCGUGGGACUUAAUAAAUGAUAUUUGUAACAGUAA